CUCAGCGUCAUUUUCAAUUGGGAUCAUGACUGCAAGACCAUCUAUCCUAUCAAACAGCUCUUUCGAACGUCAGAGGUAUUGUCGACAUGAUGCCCGAAGUCAACAGCAGUAGCAGCCGCGCACAUGUUGAUGGCCCUCCACCCCAAGGUCCAAGGUACAUAGAGCCCCUUCCAGCACCGCCACACAGGGCAGCGCCGACACCGCCACCAGUCGAACAAACUAAUAUCCGAUCUCGCGAGGUUGAUGAAGUGGUAUGGGACGUUUCCCGAACCAAAGAUGUUACCUUGCACCUUGAACUCGAUAUUACGGAGGAUCUUGAACCCGACCUGGAUGAGUUCUGUCGACUGGCUAGACUGGGAAACUUUCAAGGCGCCAAACAGUUCUUUCAAGACAAUCUUGAGCAGCACAUAGACGAUCCUUAUAUAUUUGUCCAAUACGCUCAGAUGUUGAUGUCGAUGGGAGAUUACCAGGGUGUGGAGGGACUCAAAGCACCAUACAACCUAGAACAUUCCAAACACCUCCAGCUCCAAAUAAAUUGGGAACUUAUUAAAGUGUUCACCGCCUUGCAUACAGAGGGUUUGUCAGAAGAGGAUGCACCACUCGCUGCCGAGGAAGCGACUUCAACGAAUACAUUUCAGAAGGCCAGGGUUAAAUUUGAGCAACUGCAGGCCAAAAGAGACGAGGCUAGCCUUAAAGAUGAUGCUGUGGACGACGCCGAAUCACAGUUGGGAUCUACUGAGUGUCAAAUAGUCAGUCUCGCAUUGCACAUCGAGGCAAGGCUGCACCAGGACAAACUUUCUAUUGAAACGUCAAUUUUGACGACAAUAUAUGAAGAGUUGCUUCGCGAAGGCCGAAUUUGGGACUUUAGAGACAUUCUCAUCGGGGCAGUGUAUUCGUAUGGUUCUACACGGGCAUUUGAGAAGUUUUUCGGAAGCUCUGAGGUCGCUCUCGACAGGAUUCUACUUGAUUGGUCGACGACGAUCCACGACGAAUCUACAAACCUUGCACUUCUUGACAUUUUGACCUCCGUAGCUCUCAGACGGAUUUUGAACCCAAGAACAUUUCCAGGUACAAAACUAUGGGUAGAUGAAGCUGGAAUCCUUGCAUCCAAUAUCAUACGAUACCACCCCAGUAAUUUGAAGUCUCGGCAGUACAUCCGAUGGAUCUUGGCAAAAGUCGCAGUAGCAAACUACCGAGAUAUGGACUCUUCGAGCGAACUAUCAGAUCUUCCUGGUCUAUUUCCUGGGAGAACUAGAGGCGGGGAACUCCCUAUCUAUGUCCCAGCAGCUUUAGAGACUCCCGACUGGCAUCUCCUGCGCCGUCCAUCUAAAUCAAAUGAAACUCUACAAACGGCUUUGAAAGCUGCCCGACAACUAGGGGAUUUGGAAACUGAAGCAAUGUGUUUGUCGCAGUUAAUCCUCCAGGCUGAAGAACCGGCGGACCUUUUCGACGAUCUGAUCAACUUGCAAAAGACAAUACAGAACGACAAUCGGCCCUUGCUAAAAACCUGCCUCUCCAGAUACCUCAUUUGUCAUGACAAAGUGUCCCGCGAUACUCUUCGUGAAGAGAUUUUAUCUAUCAAGGGCGAUUUCGGACUUCACCCCACUUGGCUGUGGGCGAAGAGAAUGGUACUACGCGCUCUUUCCCACUCAAAGCAUGAAGCAGAGUUGUUACUAGAUGAAGCGAGAGCGUUCCCAACGCCGUCGAGAAAUAUUCGAGAAUUCAUGAAGCGCAACAAGCUGGAGAAAGAGAACGGGCAUCUUCACAUUUCAGAUGAUAGUAAAGACUAUCCUCCAACAGCCUCAGACUCGAUGGAGCGAUAUGAAAAGCGAAAAAAUGAGAAGGAAUCCAGCCGUGAAAGGGAACGAAUGCGCUAUGAAGAAGAAGAAUCGUCUUCAAGGUACUACGAAAGGAAUUAUCAUGAUGAGAACUACUCCCCAUCCCCCCCACACGCCUCAGGAGGAUCAUACUAUCCCGAGAACAACCAAUUCCCACCACCACCAAGUGGCAGCCUCAUACAAAAAUUUGUGAACAUGAAAGUAGCCAGGCCAGUCCCUCCGCACAAUCUAGCAGAUUACACGAGAAUACCUCCAGCACCAGAUGACCCAUACCCUCGCACCUUGGCCACAGGUGACAAUGCGACCGCCAAAGUGCAGGCUGCUCUCAAUUCUACCCCCAAUGUUCCACCUGGGACAGAAGAUGCUGUGAGAAACACGAGUCCAAAGGAAACAGAGCCAGAGAUUCCCAAUUUCCGAAGACCGCCUCUGGUCAGCGUUUCUAGUAUGAAAGAGGGUGAGGAUUAGACCCCGGAGUGCAUCUGAUAGAAGGGAAGUUUUGGAAUAGCUUCCCUGGUAAAUGUUUUGAAUCAAGUCUGCAGAACAGUAUAUAUAAUGAGUGAGGUGCCUUAUUUUCUCCCUGUAUUAGGAAGCUGAAGGCUAUGCUACGUGCUUAUGUAGAAUCGAACGAGUGUGAUAUAUGUUCUCUCUGACCGGAUGUUUGAAAAGGUGUCUUCGUUUGAGGGCACGUGAUCUAAAUGUG